CGGGACACCCCCGGGCAUCGGGACACCGGCACCGGGACACGCAGGGACACCGGCACCGGGACAACCCCGAGCACCGGGACACCGCCGAGCACCGGGACAGCAGCAGCAGCCCCGAGCACCGGCACCGGGACCCCGUCCCCCCCCCUCGCUCCCCUCCUCCUGCACUCCACCCCCAGCCCCGAGCCACCGCCGCGCAGCGCCCCGGGAGCAGCACCGGGACAUCGGGCACCGGCACCGGAGCACCCCCGGGUACCGGCACCGAGACACCCCCGGUACCGGCACCGAGACACCCCCGGGAACCGGGACCGAGACACCCCCGGGAACCGGGACCGGAGUUUCCCCGAGCACCGGGACCGAGGCACCGCCGGUACCGGCACCGAAGCCCCCCCCUCCCCCCGGGCUCAGACCGCCGGGCUGCGAUGCUUCCCGGUGCGGGCCCCCUCGCCUUCCUCCUCCGGUGCCUGCUGCUCCUCUUCGCCUCCGAGAGCCGAGCCCGGGCUCGGCCGGAUAUGUUCUGUGACUUCAGCGGCAAGAAGUACAGCCCAGGAGAGAGCUGGCACCCCUACCUGGAGCCCCAGGGACUGAUGUACUGCAUCCGCUGCAGCUGCUCCGAGAAUGGGAACACCAGGUGCUAUCGGAUCCAGUGCCCGGCUCUGCAGUGCGCCAGCCCCGUCACGGACCCCCAGCAGUGCUGCCCGCGGUGCCUGGAGCCAAACUCCCCCUCUGGCCUCCGGGCGCCUGCCAAGUCCUGCCAGUACAAUGGGACGACGUACCAGCAAGGCGAGAUGUUCACCACCAGUGAGCUCUUCCCCAGUCGCCAGCCCAACCAGUGUGUGCAGUGCAGCUGCUCCGAAGGCCAGAUUUACUGCGGCUUGGUGACCUGCCCGGAGCUGCUGUGCUCCUCUCCUCUAACAGUGCCGGACUCCUGCUGCCAGGUCUGCAAAGACGGCUCAUACGAGAAGUCCGCGGAAGAGGAACCCCUGCAGUUAAACAGAGGUGUUAGGCACUCGCAAGACCAGUGCUCGGGGGAAGCAAUGGGCAGGAAGCCCCUCGGAGCCACCGCGUCCACCGUUCUCAGCUCCUCCCUGGAGUUCAUUCCCAGGAGCUUCAAACCCAAGGGGGGAGGUGGCACCACCGUGAAGAUCGUCUUGAAGGAGAAGCACAAGAAAGCUUGUGUUUACAACGGGAAGACCUACUCCCACGGGGAAGUGUGGCACCCCGUCUUCCGGCUCUACGGCCUCCUGCCCUGCAUCCUGUGCACUUGCAGGGACGGUGUCCAGGACUGCCAGAAGAUCUCGUGCCCCAAGGAGUAUCCCUGCGACUAUCCCGAGAAAGUGGACGGGAAAUGCUGUAAAAUAUGUCCAGAAACCAGAGUCAAACCCACCGAUGAAAUCGUCACUGCCCAGUGCGGCAAGAACCCCAACCGCGUCCUGGUGUACAUGUUUGUGCCACCGAGCUCCGAGACCUCCAAGGAGGUCCUGAGGACAAUCGCAAUCGAGAAGGAGCCCUCUGAAGAGGUGGAAAUUUAUAACUGGAAGCUGAUUAAAGAGGGAAGUGUUACUAUUGGGAAAGAGCAUGAGCUCAGUCACAUAUGGAUUCCACCUCUCCAUGGUCCAUCACUCUACCAACAGAGCAGCGUGUGUGGAGAAAAGAGCCUGCAAGGCACGCCUGGAGCCCGUCCAUCUGCCUUUGUACGGGCUCACCAAACCUACGUGGCCUCCUCCGUUCCUCUGCUGGGUCGGUGCCUCCAUGGGGCAGGACUCAGCAGGAGAAGCUGGCAGCAAUGCCCAGCCCAAAGCUUUGCCCGGCUCGCACGGGUCAUGGUGGGGGUACCCCGCAUUUUUAGGGGUCGGGGGUUUUGAAACGUGACUUUCUGAUGUUUUGGAGAAGGAAUUUAGAGGAGAAGACAAAAAAGGAAUGGAUGGGAUCGGCGUGGUUCAGAGAUUCUGUUGUCUGCUGCCUCGUGGAUGCCUGGGCAUGGAGGUGCAAAACCCCCAGGACCUUUUCCCAUGUUCACCCUGCCAGGCUGUGCAUUAGGCAAUGCCCAAAAGAUUCCUUUCUAUCUGAAACCC